GAGGUAGACGCCCUGGUUAAAGCAACCGGUUUACACGGUUGUUUGAGGUGUCAGUGGCAAUCGGACUUCUGCAUACAUUCGACUUCAAUUUUCACCUUAUUCUACAAAACACAGUUUUGCAAAGAGUCAGUAGGAGCUGGAGCAUUUUGAGUGCCGAGCCACUGCUACAGGAAGUGCUGAGAGUGCUGAGCGGCUUGGCACUCAUCCCAGGACCGAGAGGCUUGCCAGUGUGCCAGUGUGCUGAAAACUGCGCCUCCCCCUCAAAAUGGGCUCCCGGUAGCAGAAAUUAACUGAUUCAUCUAAUAGCGCCUCCCCUCUGCCUCAAUUGAACAAUAGUUUCUAAAAUGUCACCAAAAAUCAAGGCCGGUUCAGUGGUUGAAAUGCAGGGAGAUGAGAUGACAAGAGUUAUCUGGGACUUGAUUAAGGACAAACUCAUCCUGCCCUAUGUGGAGAUGGACCUACACAGCUAUGACCUGGGAAUGGAGAACAGAGAUGCCACUGAUGACCGGGUCACAGUGGAAGCAGCCGAAGCCGUCAGGAAGUACAACGUGGGGAUCAAGUGCGCCACCAUCACCCCAGACGAGAAGAGGGUGGAGGAGUUCAAGCUGAAGAAGAUGUGGAAGUCGCCCAACGGGACGAUUCGUAACAUCCUGGGGGGGACCGUGUUCAGGGAGGCGAUCAUCUGCAAGAACAUCCCACGGCUGGUCCCCGGCUGGCUCAAACCCAUCAUUAUCGGCCGUCAUGCUUUUGGGGACCAGUACAGAGCUACAGACUUCGUGGUCCCCGGCCCAGGAAGAGUUGAAAUGAUAUACACCCCGAAGAGUGGCAGCCAGCCAGUCACAUACCUUGUGCAUGAUUUCGAAGAGUGCGGUGGUGUAGCUCUGGGCAUGUUCAACGUGGACCCGUCCAUCAGAGAUUUUGCACACAGCUCGUUCCAGAUGGCCCUGACCAAGAGCUGGCCCCUCUACCUGAGCACCAAGAACACCAUCCUGAAGCAAUACGACGGCCGCUUCAAGGACAUCUUCCAGGAGAUCUACGAAAAGGAAUACAAGUCCCAGUUUGAAGCGAAGGGGAUCUGGUACGAGCACAGACUGAUCGAUGACAUGGUGGCGCAGGCUAUGAAGUCUGAAGGAGGCUUUAUCUGGGCCUGCAAGAACUACGAUGGAGAUGUGCAGUCUGACUCUGUCGCUCAGGGCUAUGGCUCUCUGGGAAUGAUGACCAGUGUGCUGAUCUGCCCGGAUGGAAAGACUGUGGAAGCAGAAGCAGCUCACGGCACUGUGACACGGCACUACCGCAUGCACCAGCAAGGCAAAGAGACCUCCACCAACCCCAUUGCGUCGAUCUUUGCCUGGACCCGAGGGCUGGCUCACAGAGCUAAGCUUGAUAAGAAUGCAGAGCUGCACACCUUUGCCACUGCCCUGGAGGAGGUCUGCAUAGAGACCAUUGAAUCCGGCUUCAUGACUAAAGAUCUGGCAGCGUGCAUUAAGGGACUGCCCAAUGUGCAGCAUUCUGAUUACUUGAACACCUUUGAGUUCCUGGACAAGCUAGCAGAGAACCUGAAGGUGAAACUGACCUCCCAGCCCAGACUGUGAGACCGCCCCAGAACACCCCCCCGGAACACCCCCUCGGAAACCCCCCCCUGGAACACUGGAGAAUGUAUAAAUAUACAUCUACAUACUGUUGAGACCGCCCUGGAACACCCCCCCGGAACACCCCCUCGGAACCCCCCCCCCCCGGAACACUGGAGAAUGUAUAAAUAUACAUCUACAUACUGUUGAGACCGCCCCGGAACACCCCCCCCCGGAACACUGGAGAAUGUAUAAAUAUACAUCUACAUACUGUUGAGACCGCCCCGGAACACCCCCCCGGAACACCCCCUCGGAAACCCCCCCUGGAACACUGGAGAAUGUAUAAAUAUACAUCUACAUACUGUUGAGACCGCCCUGGAACACCCCCCCGGAACACCCCCUCGGAACCCCCCCCCCCGGAACACUGGAGAAUGUAUAAAUAUACAUCUACAUACUGUUGAGACCGCCCCGGAACACCCCCCUGGAACACCCCCUCGGAACCCCCCCCCCCCCCCCGGAACACUGGAGAAUGUAUAAAUAUACAUCUACAUACUGUUGAGACCGCCCCGGAACACCCCCCUGGAACACCCCCUCGGAACCCCCCCCCCCCCCGGAACACUGGAGAAUGUAUAAAUAUACAUCUACAUACUGUUGUUUCUGUAUGUUUCUUGUGAUUUAAACAAAACCGUCCUUUUCUAAUAUUUAUGAAAUGGCCAGUGUUGAAUAAGAACCACGCCACCCUUAACUCUUGUUUGGUUACAGUAAGAAAAUCAUUAAUAAUUGUUUCUAAACAAUACUGUUACAUUACCUUUUACGAUCAUGAUAGAGAGUAUGGCUCUAUUAGGAUGCUAAAUCUAACAGUACUCUACACAAGGCAACUGUUAGCCAUGUAUGUUUUCUUUCCUCAUUUCCGCCUCACUGUAAAAGUAUAUAAACUACAAUAUGAAGAGCAGCAGCCUAUUGCCUUUUUGGCAAACAAUUCAAAAGUUUUCUACCUAUGUUGCAAGUAUCAUAACUGGGACAGAAGGCCCACUUUUAAAAUAGCUGUGCUAAACAGCUGUUUGGGACUGUCGUUUUUUGUAUGGGUCAGAAUUUUAAAAACUACAUUUUACUACAUUGAAACAUUGUAACAUGUUUAUAUGCUGCAGUUUUUGUAUUAUUUUGUGAUUUUUCCCUUUGCCCCUCCCAAACAAUACUGAUCAUUUCUAACAUCUGAAACGGUAUUCUUUGACACACUGUGGAGACCCUGUAAAGCAGCUUCUCUGGUUAGUUGUGAAUCGAUGCUGUUUAUGUUUGUUCAUUGAUCUUAAAGAUUUCCUUUGGUAAUACGCUGGAUUUCUGUAUUACAGCAGAAUAGCCUGGUCUCCUUUCAAUUAGAAUAAAGGGUUGAUUGUUUUCAUUUUAAAAAUGGAUCUCAAGUAUGUUCUUUCAAGUCGUUCUAGUUACGUGGAUAGAGGAAAUUAAACCCUAGUUGAAACUGUUAACUCGUAAACUCUCAAGCUUGAAAAUAAAACAAUUCACCCAUG